UUAUGUUGACGGAAGGUUAAAUAUUCUUAAUUUUAUGCCUUCUCGGCUGAAGUUUUAAAAAAAAAAGAUUUACCCAUUUCAAUUUUCACAGAAGCAAUGUAAAUAGACAGAGAUCACGAUUCUCCAUGUUCUAAGCCCAAGUCCUAAAUCUCGUUAAAUCCAAUUACGAUCGUGCUGGAAGUCCCGUGACGCAUCGCUGCUCUUUCGAUAAGUACUUGUCUCUAAUCGCGAUAAACUGUCGACUUUCCUGAGGACACGAUGUCACGACGCGCCUGUGGAUUCGUUCUAUUUCGUCGAGCGCACGAAAUAAUUGAAUAUCUUCUUAUGCAAGCCACGUACGACGAUCAUUGGUCACCGCCAAAAGGUCACGUAGAUCCCGGCGAAACGGACAUGGAAACCGCGUUGCGCGAAACAAAAGAAGAAACUGGCUUAAUGGCCGACGAUAUCAAGAUUUUCGAAGACGCGAGACAAGAACUGAAUUACAAAGUGAAUGGAAACCCAAAAAUUGUUAUAUACUGGCUAGCCGAAUUAAUUAAGCCCGACAAACCCAUCAAAAUGUCGGACGAACAUCGAGCGUUCAAGUGGCUUCCGCUCGAAGAAGCUUGUUCCACUGCUGAAUACACAGAUAUGCAAGCCACGUUGAAAACAUUCAAUGACUACAUACUCAAGAAUCUGUCUUAAUAUACCUGGUACUUUUUCGAAACAUUUGUCAGGGAUUAAUAAAAAU